CCCUGCAGAGGGAGACCAUGGUAAGGAUGGGGAAGGGAACGCUAGCUUUCAUCUCUCUCUUGUGGACUACUGCAGUGGGUUUGUCCCACGACGGCUGCGACGAUGGCUGGGUGGCCUUGCACCACCACUGCUACUACUUCGGUAUACUGGAGGGGGAUGUGGCACCUGCCAUCAGCGCGUGCAGUGGGAAAGACGCUCACUUGGCCAGUCUGUGGGGUGGGGAGGAGAGGGACUUUGUUGUGGACAAACUGUGGAAGCCCGAGGCCCCACGGGACGGGUUUGUCUGGCACGGUCUCUACGGUACUGCAGACAACGACUGGGCGUGGCGUGACGGCUCCCAAUAUAAACCAAGUCACAUAGCUACAGCGGUGGCAGGAAGUUCCGGGAACAAGACAAACAAAUGUGGUGCGUUGAAAGGGAUUGGCAACUACGCCUUCCUCGACUGCACCAUGGAUGCUCAGGCCUACGUGUGUAAGAAAGCUUUGUCGAUGGUGUACUCAACCAGUUCGAUCGCUAACCAUUCUGCAGUAAGCGACCACUUUCAGCUGUUCGAGAGACUGGUACCACCGGUGUUAUCUGCCCUUCCCUCGGCGAGUUUUCAGAUAGCUCAGAUAGAUGUCGCCUCGGAGACCGGAUGUGCUUACUACUGCUUCACCCUGGAGACGUGUUCAGCUUUCCAAUACACGUGUAUUACAUCGUCGGCGUGCACGACGUACACGUGUAAACUCCUGCAUGGGAUGUAGUGGACCAGGCCAGAAGUCAUUCAAGGCAUGGGACAGGGAUAUGAGUUUCAUAUCCAACAUUUUUGUUCUUGUGAAAUAUGAACCUCACCGCACAUACCAGAAACUAUGCCGGGGAUUGGAUCAGAAACUGACGUGGUUGUAUAAUUUGAUUAGGUUAUUUAGCUGUCACAAAUCCCCUUUUACAAAAGUCAAGCGAAAAAUUACUCUACUGACACGAUAAAUUCAACUAUUCAGGAAUAAGAUAAUAUGAAGUGUUCUAUACUCAAAUAUCUAAAAUUCAUCAUGCUGCUUUUAUUGCCGAUGUUUUGCGAAAGAGAGGGGGCAACUCUUUAUAUUCUGUUUCUUCGGAAUUCUUGGUCUUUCUAAAAUACAAGCCGUUAAAUGAUUCACAUCAAUAUGUUCUCAACACCUGGUUUCUCGGAAUUGCAGAGUGCAAUUUGACGUCAUAUCCUAUUUUGGGUUCUGAACAUAAGUCACACACAACUCACAACUCAAUUGACGUGUAUUAUUUUAUUCAAAGACAUUUUAAAUACUGUAACUGAUAGAUAGUCUUACCCAGCGGUCUAAGACGGUUAUGCAUCUCUUUAUGUACAUUGUCAAUAUUCCGUCCAUACGAUCGUGUACAAUGGUUUGAAAUAAACGAAUUUUAACUGGCA